AUGGGACAUAAGGAGCAUGGAGGGACUUGGCACAUGGAAGCAGCUCAACUGGAUACGCAAAGGAAGAAGGGAGAAGCCAUCUUGAAGACCAGCUCGACCGUCUACUCGACCAACCGGUCGAGUUCCUCAACUCGACCGGCCAAGCUUCAACUCGAUCGAGCUGAGAAGUCAACAGUCAAACCCGAAAAAUGUUGCUUCCCCCUUGACUUUCCUUUGACCCUAAACCUAAUCCUCUUAGGGGAAUGGAAACCCUUUGGGAAUGGACUCGGUCGAGCUAGGCAAACUCGACCGAUUGGUCAAGGAGAUGCUCCAAACCGCCACCAACAGAGACAAGGGAUUGUUCCACCACCAGUGCAGAACCACAACUUUGAGAUCAAGCUGGGAAUGAUCAACCUUGUCCAGAACAAGAUGUUCCAUGGAUUGCCAAGUGAAGACCCCAUUGACCACCUUGAUGAGUUUGAUAGGCUUUGUGAUUUGACAAAGAUCAAUGGUGUCUCUGAAGAUGCCAUCAAGCUGAGACUCUUUCCUAUGUCUCUAGCUGACAAAGCUCACCAAUGGGAGAAGAGCUUGCCCCAUGGCACAAUCACCACUUGGGAUGAAUGCAAGAAGGCCUUUCUUGCUAAGUUUUUCUCCACCGGUCGCACAGCCAAGCUUAGAGGAGAGAUAUCCAGCUUCAUCCAGCGAAACAAUGAGACAUUCGCAGAGGCUUGGGAGAGGUUCAAAGGCUACACAAGUCAGUGCCCACACCAUGGAUUCAACAAUGAAUCACUACUCUCCACUCUUUAUAGAGGAUGCUUGCCUAGGUAUAGGGAGAUGCUAGACACAGCUAGCAAUGGGAACUUCCUCAACCAGGAUGUAGAUGAUGGCUGGCAACUUGUGGAGAACAUAGCUAACUCAAAUGGAAGCUAUGGAGAAGAGUAUGAUCGCACCAACCGGAGCUCGACCCACCACUCGAUCGAGUCAGACGAAAAGUUGAGAAAAGAUGUUAAGGCAUUGAAUGAGAAGUUGGAUAAGCUGAUCCUAGCUCAGUCCACAAUGAAGAAAGUCAACUUUGUGUCUGCUGAGGAGAUGGAACCAGUCCAAGAAGGGGAGGAUACACAAUUUGCUGAGGUGUGCUACAUGAGCAAUGGGCAAGGAGGUUACAACAAAGGAUACUAUAAUUACAAGUCCAACCCUGCCAUGUCAUACCGCAACACUGAUGUUGCUAACCCUCAGGACCAAGUAUAUCCUCAACAACAAGCAGCUCGAUCGAGUCAGGUGCCACAACAUGGGUAUGGUCAAAAGAACAAUUACCAAGGACCACAAGGCACUUUCCCUGGACAACAAAUGAAUAUCCCACCAGGCUUCCCCCACCAACCGCCCCAGCCUGCACCUUCACAAGAGAAUGAGCUCAAGGCAAUGCUAAAGCAACUACUUCAAGGGCAAGCUGAUGGGGUAGUGGACACAAGCAAGAAGCUAGCUGAAAUAAACUCUAAGAUCGAGAACCUCAACACAAGGGUUUACUCUCUGGAGAAUCAUGCUUCUUCUGUUGCUGCUGCUACAAAGCAAGGACAACUACCUGGUAAAGCUAUUCAGAACCCCAAGGAACAGUGCAAGGUCAUCUUCACUCAAGAAGGACUUGUUGAAGAAGAGGAUCAAGAAAGGGUCAUUGAAGAUUUUUGUUUACUGCUGAAUGAUGAAGAGAUUGUUGCUGCUGAGGCUCCUGGAGUCCAGAUUGAUCAACCAGAAGUGCAUGCACCUACUGUGGCCAUUCACACUUCACCAGUUGAGCUCGCACGACAAGCUCGAUCGGCAGCUCGAUCGAGUCCAACUCUAGCUCGAUCGAGUCCGACCUCUUCUGUCCGACAGCCUGUUUUGCUUGAUCCUUAUCAACCGGUUGCCGCUUCCUCGUCUCGCCUACUUAGUCAAGGUCACAAGGAAGUGAUUCACAAGUUCAGAAGAGAUCUCAGUGGGAUUGGAAUUGAGUUGCCUCCUAUGGAUAGCAUGAGUGAGGCAUUUGAUCAAAUGCAAAUGGUCAAGGAUGUUCUAGCCAACAGUGAUAAAGUUUCAGAGGUCCUACAAGAGUCUACUCAUCAGUUCAACCUGCUUACUUCACCCACCUUCCUACCAAAGGUCAAGGAUCAAGGGAAAUUCACUCUCCCUUGCACACUUGGGCAUCUUGAGAUUGACAAUGCCUUAGUGGAUUCUGGAGCAAGCAUCAAUCUGAUCUCUCUCUCCAUGGCAGAGAAGCUAGGCAUUGCUGGAGCCUUGCAGCGCCCUACUACUUCAAUCAUGUUUGGAGAUGCAACUUCUAAGUCUCCUCUUGGAGUGUUCAAGAACUAUCACUUGAAAAUUGGAGAAUGCAUCAUCCAAACUGAUCUCACUGUGAUGGAAAUGGAAGAAGAGAAGGAUUUACCUCUGUUAUUGGGAACCCCUUUCCUUAGUACAGUUGGCGCUUCAAUAGACUUUCACAAGCAAGAAGUGAUCCUUCACAAGGUGAAUAGUUUGGUGUCAUAUCGCUUGCAGCCUAGAGGUUCAGACUUUUGUGCCACAAUUGACAGUACCACUCUCAGUUCUAAGAGUCAUGGAGCUACAAAGGUUGUGAAGGAAAGGGUUGACAAGGAACCAAGAGUUGGGAAGGAUAAGGAUGAGAGAGGACCAAGGAUUGAGAAGCCACGUCUUGAGAGGGCUAGAGUUGAGAAACCACGAUCUGAUAGGCCAAGAGCUGAGAGACUUGUUCAAGCCCCUUGUGUGCUUGAUGAAGAGAGCCUUCAAGCUUUGUUUGAUGAGCCACUAGGAAGGGCUCUAAAAGAAGGGGAGGAUGCAGCCUCUAAGGCAAGACCAGGGAUAAAAGAAAGGAUCCACCAGCUCAGGCCCCUUCAGUCAAGCCAUCUCAGCUCACAAUGA